AUGAUCGCCCUACGAACAAUGUUCUCACGAGCUGCCCUCAUCAAACGUCAGCAGCAACGCUUGCUCUCCAAUUGCAAGAAGCCAGAUCGCCCUCGCGAUUUGGGUAACAGUCGCAAGCACAUCAAAGCAAGUACGGUCAUGGCUUCUAUGGGUGCUGUUCUGGGUGCCAAUGUGGCCGGUGCAAUCUACCUCAGCGACAAAGGCCCAGAAGGCGAGCCGCUACCUCUCGAUGAGGCAAUUGAGUUCUACGGACCGAGUCGACCUUGGAUGUGAGAUAUCGAUGUAUCUCCAUGAGGUGUCCGACUUGGCAUCCCUAGGAGACUUGCUCACGAGAGCUCUACAGGUUGAGUAUCAAAGACGUUGCGCGGUAA